UUGGCCCAUUCAAGAGCUCAUGAUCAUUUCUCUUUUGAAGCUCUGAACCCUUGUAGAAGAAAUCCUUUCCAAACCAAAUAUCGUUCAAUUGUUUCUCCACCGCAAAUGGGCAUCUCGCCGCAGUUCUCCUGGUGCUCAACUUCACCGGAAACCUUGUUAGUAUCAUCAUCACCGCCUUCACGUUAGUUUUUCCUUGCCGUCAAACCUUCUCGCUUGUCUUCCUUGAAAUUCCCCAGAGAACUUCACCAUGCACGGAUUGAAAUUCACUGUUUCAAGUCGAGUCACGGCCCCAAACUCUUCCUAUGGUGAAACUUGGAAGCAGUAAACCACACGUGUAUGCAAUUAGAAUUCAGGAGACAGAGACAUGAAUAGCGGCAAUAGCCAUCAAAGAACCAUUGGGGGAGGGGUUCAACAUGUACUUGACUACCUGAAGCGGAUGCACUCCGAAAGUCCUGCUUUCUUUUAUGCAAUUCAAGGAGAUACUGAACACUCUAAUGGAAAUAUAUUCUGGGCUGAUGGAAAUGCUCGGAUGAACUAUAACUAUUUUGGGGAUACUGUUAAGUUGGAUACAUCCUAUCAAAAAAAUGGAUUUAGGGUGCCUUUUGUUACAUUUACUGGCUUAAAUCAUCAUGGUCAACCUAUCCUCUUUGGCUGUGCAUUACUUUUUGAUGAGUCUGAAACAUCAUUUAUCUGGCUUCUCCAGACUUGGCUUCAAGCAAUGUCUGCUCGCCACCCUCUCUCAAUCACUACUGUUGCUGAUCGGCAUAUACAGAUGGCUGUCUCACAAGUUCUUCCAGAAACACGUCAUCGCCUCUGUAAAUGGAGCAUAAUUAGAGAAACCAAAGAGAAAUUGUCUCAUAUAUACCAGAUACAUCCUACUUUUGAAAUUGAAUUUAACAAGUGCAUCAAUGAACCAGACACAGUUGAGGAGUUUGAAUCACAAUGGGGAUCACUUGUAUUGAGAUAUUACCUCAUGGACAAUGAAUGGCUUCAGUCCAUGUAUAAUGCUCGCCAUCACUGGGUUCCUAUCUACUUGCGUGAUACAUUUUUUGGGGAAUCCUUUUAUGGUGAAGACAGUGAUGCUAUGAACUCUUUCUUUGAUGGAAUUUUGAGUGUUUCCACUACCAUCCAGCUUUUGACUAAACUGUAUGAGAAAGGUAUUACAAGCUGGCAUGAAAAGGAACUGAAGGCAGAUUUUGACACUAAUAAUAGUACUCCGAUUCUAAAGACACCCUCACCCAUGGAAAAACAAGCAGCUAACCUUUAUACAAGGAGAAUCUUCAUGAAAUUCCAAGCAGAAUUAGUUGAGACCCUUGCUAAUCCUGCUACUAAAAUUGAUGAUUCUGGAACAACCACAACGUAUCGUGUCUCCAAAUUUGGAGAAGAGCACAAAGCACAUACAGUAAGGUUUAAUGACUUAGAGAUGAAAGCUAAUUGUAGCUGUCUAAUGUUUGAAUUUUCAGGCAUUAUUUGUAGGCAUGUAUUAUCAGUGUUCAGAGCAAAAAAUGUUCUAACACUUCCUUCCCAAUACAUUUUGAAACGUUGGACACGGGAUGCCAAGAUUAGUGGUGGAGUUACCCCAGAUGAACGUGCUUUGGAAUUGCCAAACAGUGCUCAAGAAUCUUUAACAGUUCGUUAUAAUAAUUUACGGCGGGAAGCUAUAAAAUUUGUUGAAGAAGGUGCAAAAUCUAUUCAUGUUUAUAAUGUUGCAAUGAAUGCUUUAAAAGAGGCUGAAAAAAAAGUUUCUACUGCAAAAACGAAAAAAUUUGGGGAAACUCAUUUGACCAAUCUAGCAAAUGGGAAUCUAGAUAUGCAUGCAGGGGAUGAAAAUCAAGUUGCACCAACGGAUUCCUUGGUGAGACUUCUUGCAGCCCAGAAAAAUGAGAAGGAAAAAAGAAUCCAUGAAUUGACUGCUGAGUUAGACAGCAUAAAUCAACGAUGUGAAGUAUACCGCUCAAAUCUGCUUGCUGUGCUGAAAGAUAUGGAGGAGCAGAAGUUAAAGCUGUCAGUUAAAGUCCAAAAUGCACGGCUUAGCUUAAAAGAGUGAGUAUAAUGUAUUGCUUUACUUUGUUAAGCACAGGAAGGAGUAUUAGAAGAAUAUUCUAAGGUUUAUUGCGCGCUGGAUCUCUAUUUCUGUUUCUGUACGUACCUUUGUGUAAUUACUUUUUUGGUUUACUUUAAUUAGGGGGUUGGGGUUGUGAAUAGAAAAUCUGAUGAGACUCGUCACUAUUGGAAA